UAGUGCAUAAUGCCGGGAUUCGGGGAGAUGUUGGGUGCAAACCGUAGGAUUUUUACCUAAUGUUCAUUUUUCCGUUUCGGGUACACCAUUCCUAAAGGGAUUCCCGGAAAUUUGACAGCUUUAGCAGUGUCGAAAUACGCAUUGUUUACCCGUAUAUAGAACGAUUUCAAACGGGGAAAUAUGCUAGCAAUCAGCGCUCGGCGAGUCGUCGUGUGUUUGAAACGACAGAAUGCGGUACAGAUGUCCUCCACUACGGGCACUGCCGCACAGAAUCUAUGCCUGGAUCUCGUGAGGCGACACGACAAGGAAAAUUUCCUGUGCACGCUUUUGCUGAAGAACCCGGAACGGCGCAGCGCAUUUGCGGUGCGGGCGUUUAAUGUGGAGGUGGCGAAGGUCAGCGAGAAGGUAUCGUCCAGCAGUGUCGGUGUAAUGCCACUAAAGUUUUGGGACGACACCAUCGCUGGCAUGUACCGCAAGAACGGUAGCAAAGUUCCGGAGCACCCCGUUAUCGAGGAGCUGGCGAGCGCAAUUAACCGACAUAGGCUUUCUAAAAUGCACUUUCAACGCCUGGUUAGCUCACGACUGAACACGAACCUGCACUUCACUACGGUGCAGCAGCUGGAGGACUAUGCGGAGCAGUCCGUCUCUAGUGUGCUCUACCUGCUGUUGGAGGUACACGAUACACGCAGCGUGCACUGCGACCAUGCCGCUUCCCACCUAGGCAAGGCGCAGGGCAUUGUUAACCUGCUGCGCGCGAUACCGCAUCAGACGCUGCGGAACGUCGUACCGGUUCCACAGGAGCUGCUGAUUUCGCACGGUGUCAACCAGGAGCGCAUGGUGCGUAACGCGAAGGACGAUAAGGCGGUAGAGGAGGUCACGUUUCAGCUGGCGAGCGUUGCUCACCGGCAUUUGCAGAAGGCGAAGAGCUUGUUACAAGAUUCCGCCAAGAUACCACGGAGAGUGCAACCGAUCUUUUACCCUGCCAUCACCAUUGAACGAUUUCUCGACCGUUUACGCCAAGCGAACUUCCACCUGUCGAGCCCGAGCGUGAUACGUACAGACGCACUGCUUCCGCUGGUCCUGUACUGGCACAAUCUGCGUGGCAAAAUCUGAGCGAGCCCACCGCCUAGCCAAACUGCCAAGCAUAUAGUAAUAGCCCAGUUGUACAAAAGCAUGUGGAUGGAAUGAGACGGCAUAUUUGAGAAAACACACAAUUGAAACAUAA